AACAAAAAUGUCGAAUUUUGUAUGAAAAAAGUUUUAAUUGUCCUAAUUGAUUAAUCCAUCGAAUUUAAAAAACUUCAAUAAUCAACAAGCCUACGCAUACUUUUCUUCUCAUUUAUCAAUAUUUACUGAAUCUGAAAUCUUAAAACCGAACCGGUUUAUCGUGUUGUUGUCUCGAAUAUUCGUUGCAUUUGCAAGUGCAGCUGGCAACCGAUAUCAUUUAAAUUCGUGCUGCAACUUUUUUUUUUGUAUUUUUUGACUUGUUUUCUCUGCUGAUUCCGUUUCCGAAAUUUGAGUGCCAACGACCCCAGCCAAAGCAAGCAGAAGCAUAUUAUUGUCAUCAAUUAUUGUCGACAACAAAGUAGAAAUGAAAAACGUUUUGGAUGUCAUGUCGCUGCAGCAACACGUGGAAUCAAAUAAGGCCCAGGAUAUGAAGCCAAUUGAUUAUCGCAAAUCCAGCAAGGCAGGUCUAGUGCCACUCUACAUUUUCGAGUGUGCCACCAAAUUGAAAAUGAAGCCUCUUACCGCUGCUUGUGCGGCCAUAGUCUUUCAUCGUUUCUUCAAGGAGGUCAAACCGAGUGAUUAUGAUGAGUUUUUAAUAGCCGCAUCUUCGCUGUAUUUGGCUGGUAAAAUCAAAGACGAUGAUACUGUAAAGAUACGCGAUGUUAUAAACGUGGCAUAUUGCACAUUGAAUCGCGACAGUCCUCCACUCGAUCUUAAUGAUGAAUACUGGGCAAUGCGUGAUGCCAUUGUCCAGGCUGAAUUGUUAAUAACACGCACACUAGGCUUUGAUCUAAACAUCGAUCUGGCUCACAAGUACUUACUUUACUAUAUGAAGACUCUUCAGGAUUGGGUGGGCUCGGAUGUAUGGAAUUCGGUGCCCGUAGCCAAAGCUGCUGCAUCCUAUUUGCAAGACUUUCACCACAGCGCUAACAUAUUAAAAUUUAAGCCCACGCAUGUGGCCAUUGGUUGCCUAUCAUUGGCCAUGCAAACAUAUGGCAUACAAGUACCACUAACAGAUGAAUCGGAUGAAUCGGCCAUGUGGUAUAAGCCACUGGUAAAGGAUUUUACCCGUGAAAAUCAAUGGGAAAUCAUUGAGAAUGUCAUUGAAGUGUACAAGCAUGAGGCCUCUCUAAAAGCAGUAUAAAAUUCGAAUUUGCAUUUAAUUUAACUAAACAAACACAUAGUUAUAAUUACAACACCGCAUUCCUCCCAUACAUAUACAUAUGAUUUAAUUUAUUUUGAAUUCAUGACCACCCAUUUUAAAUCUAUUUUAAAUACUAAUCCCCACUGGAAAAACUAAUAUACGUAAAUCUCAAUUUUGCAAAAAUUCAAACUUUAAA